GGUCAUUGUGACUACAUUUAGUUGUAACUUGGACAGCGUUCAACAUCUUCUGAUAAUGAUGAAGUGUUCAUUUCUAUUACUAGUUUUUCUCUUUCAUUUUUCGCAAAUUGUCAGUAUUAGAUUAUCAAUUUUUUCACAUUCACAACUUUCAUCGAAACCCACAAAAAGAAUUUCCCCACAAUAUCAGUAUAAAAUUCAAUAUUUUGAAUCACGGGUGGACCACUUCAGUUUUUCAUUGAAUAAUACAUUUAAAUUAAGAUAUCUCAUUAAUGACACUUGGCAAAAAGGCAAUGAUGCACCAAUUUUCUUUUAUACCGGAAAUGAAGGUUUUAUUGAAGUUUUCGCGGAAAAUACGGGUUUUAUGUGGGAUAUAGCACCGAAAUUUGGAGCACUUUUGAUAUUUGCGGAACAUCGAUUUUAUGGUGAAUCAAUGCCAUUUGGAAAUAAAUCCUUUUCGGAGCCAAAAUAUCUCGGAUAUUUGACAUCAGAACAGGCAUUAGCCGACUAUGUGGAUUUAAUAGGAUUUCUAAAAUCACAACCAGGCAAUAAAAACAGUCCUGUUAUUGUAUUUGGAGGAUCAUAUGGCGGAAUGCUCAGCGCUUGGAUGCGCAUGAAGUAUCCUCACAUUGUUCAAGGAGCAAUUGCUGCUUCGGCACCAAUUUUACAAUUUACAGGACACACCGAGUGUGAAGCGUUUUCGCGAAUAGUUACGUCAGAUUUUCGAGCUGCAAAUCCCACUUGUUCUAAACUUAUUCGUAAAUCUUGGUCAGCUAUAUCAAAUAUUACUGCAAGUGCCGAAGGACUGAAAUGGUUAUCGGAAAUUUGGAAACUUUGCGAACCAUUAACGAAUUUAACGCAAGUUGUCAAUUUAAAAAACUGGUUGAUCGAUGUUUAUGGAAAUUUGGCAAUGGUCAAUUAUCCAUAUGAAACAAAUUUUCUUGCACCUCUUCCGGCAAAUCCAAUAUUCGAAGUGUGUAAAUACCUUGAAGAUGGUAAUCUUUCGGGAAAGCCACUGUUACUUUCCUUAUUCAAAGCGCUAAGUGUUUAUACAAAUAGUACUGGAGAAACCAAAUGCAAUCGUAUUGAUGAUGCCUCACCGCAAUUAGGUGCAUCGGGUUGGAAUUUUCAAGCCUGCACUGAAAUGGUAAUGCCAAUGUGUUCCGAUGGCAUUAAUGACAUGUUUGAGCCAACCCCCUGGAAUAUCAAAGAAUAUAGUGAUGAUUGUUAUAAAAACUUUCAAGUCAGGCCACAACCUAACAUGGCAUGCAAUGAAUAUGGCUGUUCUCACCUUUCAGCGGCCACAAACAUCGUAUUCAGUAAUGGUUUACUUGAUCCAUGGUCCAGUGGUGGGGUACUCAGUAAUAUUUCAUCUUCCACACUUGCUAUUAUAAUUCCUGAAGGUGCUCAUCAUUUAGAUUUGAGAGGCAAAAAUCCAAAAGAUCCUAUUAGCGUUAUAGAAGCACGAAAAGUCGAGAGAUAUUCUAUUCAGGCUUGGAUUACUGAAUAUCAUAAGAAAAAUCACAAGACCAAUCUGUGGACGAAAUAAUAAAAUCAGUAAAACCUUAUAAAUUUUUUACUAGUGAAUAAUUUGAAAUGGAAAUAUAUUUGAAAUUUUUUUUAUAAUACAUUUGUAAAUACUAAAUACAAAACAUUUAACAUAAAAA